AGUAAAACCAAAAGAAGUGCUUUCGUAGUAGUAUCUUUCUUUCUUUGUUUGUUUAGAACUCCAAGACAACAACGCACACAUCUUUUCCUCGUCGUGAGACUUCAAAAGGGAUCCUUUCCUUCCACUCACGCGCACGUGUGCAGUGUCGUGCUUACAUGCAUUAAGGCACACCAAUUCGCAAAGCCACGUUUUAUUUACGACACAGAUGGAGCCCAAAGUACGCGGGGCGGAGGCCGGGCCUAGCUAUCAUGAGGUAUUUCAGUAUGUAGACUCCACAACGACGGAGCAACCGAUGAACCUGCAAGGGCUCUCCGCCUCUGAGCCCUACCCAUCGACGAGAGAGGAGAUGUUUCUCAGCGAUGCACUGCCGGAGGUGGCCGCACUCGAAGAGCGCGUUACGACCCCUAUCCGCACCACCCCCUACCGGUACCUCAUCAUCGUGCUGUUCGCUGUGUUUGGCUUCAUCAACCAGGUCCAGUACGUCGCCUUCGCCACCAUUAUUCGCGAGACGGAGGAGUACUUCAACGUGGGGGCGCUUGCGGUGAACGUGCUAAGCCUUCUGAUCCCCAUAGUCUAUGUGAUUGGCGUGGUGCCCGGCUGCUACGUGUACAAUCGCGUAGGCCUGCGCUAUGGCAUGAUCAUCGGUGCCGGCACGAACGCCGUCGCAGCGGUGCUGAAGCUGAUUGCGGUGUGGGCGCCCAAGUACCCACUGCUCGUCGUGGCGCAGGUGUUUGUCGCCUUUGGCCAGAUUCUCUAUUUGAGUCUGCCGACCCUCAUCGCGGGGAUCUGGUUCGCGCCGAACGAGCGCACGGUGGCGACCGCCGUGGCCUCGUUGAUGGGCUUUGCUGGCAUGGCCGUCGGCAUGUUCUACUCCCCGCACGUCGUCUCCCUCCCCGAUGAAAACACGCCGAAGGAGUGGGCCGGGCUGAUGGGCUCACAGUUUGGCUUAUCGAUACUAGUGUUUGUGCUCAUUGCCAUCUUCGCCCGUGACAAGCCGGAACACCGCCCCUCGUUGACCUCCACGGAGGACUACAAGCUGCCGCUGGCGCGUUUUCUCAAGACGCAGCUGCGGGACUGGAACUUCUUGCUGCUCUGCGUUUCCUUCGGCCUCAUCGUUGGGUUCUUGACGGCCUUGGCCGGUGUGCUGGCGCAGGCGCUCGAGCCGUACGGGAUCGAUGAGGACACCUCUGGCAUCCUCGCCUUCUCCGGCAUCCUCGGCGGUGCGGUGAACUGCGGCGUGAUUGGCUUCUUCGUCGACCGCACCCACUGCUACAAGUACACCGCCAUCAGCCUCGCCGCGGUCACGACGGCCAUCGUGACGGUCGCAACGGUGAUGAUCAAGACGGUGACGAACUCCGACGCCCUGGCCAUCGCCCUCUACAUCAUCAUCCCACUGCUCGAAUUCGUGGUGCUGCCGCUCGUCCCCGUGGUGAUGGAGCUCGCCGUGGAGGUGGCCUACCCGUGCCCCGAGACGGUCCCCUCCACCUUGGUUCUCAUCAGCAUGUGCUUCUUCUCUUUCAUCGGGAUGGUUGUGUUCUCCGUCAUCCUCGGCGACGUGCCGACGACGGACACCGCCUUUUUCUGCGUGAUAAUCACGCUGAUCGUGGCCGCCGUCAGCAUCGUUGGACUUGUCUUUGUGAGGGAAAACCUGCGCCGUCAUGCCGAGGACAACGCGCGUGCGGCGGCUGCCGCAGACGAGGACGUAGACGCCAGCGGCAGUGUGGGGGCAGGCGAGGAGGCAGAGGAGGAGGUGGUAGGGGUAGACAGCGCCGAGAACAAGAAGCAGCUGGGCGUCCAGACCGGCAUCGUCACGAGUCCCAACAAUGAAUGA